AUCUCGGGCGAUCUGUCAUAUUCCUUACGUUCGAGGUGCUUUCUGGAUACUGGGUCGACUUUAUUUUGACUGUGAAAUGAGGAUGACUCGAGCUUGAACAGUGAUUUACAUAUGCAAUAGUUGAGCUCUUGUCUGGGAGAACAUCAGGAUGCCCGGGGCACUCUGUUGCAGCUAUGCAUUUUGGCCUAGCUAUAGUUUGAUUGCAGCCAACUUUACAACCUGUUAUAAGUAUGAAUUGUUUGCCACCACUUUCAAUCUUGGCCUAGGAAUGAAAAUGCUGCCAUGCAGCAGCGUUAAGCUCCUCUAUAUCAUGCAUGUGACUACUGUUGACACAACUAUAUUCGGGCGUUUUGAUCUGAGUUCCGUAUUCUAUGGAUGCCGCAAAGAAAGAAGAGGUAGCAAAGCCCCUUGCUCCUAUUGCUUGUAGCUGACAUAUAUGUACCCGCUACAAUGGAAUCCUUACACCUGGAUUGAGACUGGC